AUGCCAUCUAUUCAAAGUCGCGCCGUGCGCAUCGGGGGAUGCGAAGGAGGAAUUACAGAUCACCAUGGAGUUCUAGCACGCAUGGCCCAAAACGAAGAUGUGGACGUUAUCUUCGGCGACUGGAUGAGCGAGUAUAACAUGACCACUCGGGGUGUAGAGAAAAUACAAGACCCGACAGCACCUGGCUAUGAAGCAGUCUUUCUUCAAUCGCUGGAGCCCGCUUUGGAACACCUGGCGGCCAAAAAGAUCAAGCUCGCAGCCAAUGCCGGUGCUUCUGGCACUGAGCUCUUGACCAAGCACGUCAGGGAAAUCAUUGCACGGAAGGGUCUCGAUUUGAAAGUGGCUUGGGUCUCUGGUGAUGAGGUAAACAUCGAAGAUCUCAAAACCCUGCAAACGAAGGGGGAGAAAUUGCAGAGACUUACCACGGAUAAAGAAUUUUCGACCUGGGAAUUUGAUCCUAUUUAUGCCCAAUGCUACCUCGGGGGUCGAGGUAUUGCAAAGGCUUGGUCUGAGGGGGCAGAUAUUGUCCUCACUGGCCGAGUCUCAGACCCAGCUCCUGUCAUCGCAGCUGGCAUCUGGUGGCAUGGCUGGAACGAGGAGCAAUUGGACGAGCUCGCUGGCGCCCUUGUCUGUGGCCAUCUCAUCGAGUGCGGCGCAUACGUAUGUGGAGCCAACUGGUCGGGCUUCAAAUCGCUCGGAACUGGCAAAAGUAUUAUCAAUCUUGGCUACCCUAUUGCAGAACUUGCAAAAGAUGGCACAUGCACUAUUUCCAAAGAGCAGGGAUCAAACGGCGUCGUGACGACGGAGACUUGCAAAAGUCAGCUCCUGUAUGAAAUCCAGGGCCCUUGGUAUUUCAACUCGGAUGUUGUUGCCGAGCUCUCGAACAUUAAAAUGGAACAGAUUGGCACAGACAGAGUGCAAGUGUCGGGAGCAAAAGGGCUCCCGCCGCCACCGACGACGAAAGUCGGCAUCACUGCGAUCGGCGGCUACCAGGCUGAGACCCAUUUCUAUGUGGUGGGUCUUGAUGUCGAAGAGAAGGCCGCCAUGUUCGAAACCCAAAUCCGAGAUAUCCUUCCGAUCGAGAAAUACCACUGUUUCAGAGUGUCCCUCAAUGGCAGACCACCUGCCAAUCCGCGCAGUCAAGAAUCGGCCACAUGCGACCUCCGAGUCUUUGCACAGGCGCGAAAACUUGACGAUCUGCAAACUUCUGUCUUCCUACAGCCGGUCGUCGAUACGGUGAUGCAGACGUACCCUGGGGCGCAGUUCACCUUGGAUAUGCGCCAAGGCACUCCAAAGGUGUACUAUGAAUUCUGGGUAGCAUUGAUUCCUCAAGGAAUUGUUACCCAUCGCGUCCAUUUCUCAGACAAGACUUUCGAUAUUCCCAUUCCAACCAAAACCCACACUUACCUACGCCAUCAGCCAUCGUAUGACCCUGAAAACCCGCUGCCUCUGACGUCCUGGGGCCCCACAACUUUGGCCCCUCUGGGAUAUAUUGUGCACGCAAGGUCCGGAGACAAAUCGUCCAAUUGCAAUGUCGGCUUCUACGUCCGCUUCGAGGAAGAGUACGAAUGGCUGAGGUCGACUCUGACGAUUGCCAGGAUCAAAGAGCUUCUCGGUGAUGAUUACAAGGGCGGUUUAGUCGAAAGGUUUGAGCUUCCGAAUAUCUGGGCUGUCCAUUUCUUGCUAUUUGACCACCUGGAUCGCGGAGUUGCGAGCAGCAGCACUUAUGACAUUCUCGGAAAGAAUGUUGCCGAGUAUCUGCGAGCCAAGUAUGUUGAGAUACCAACUGCAUUCUUGGAAAGAAGGAAGAUCUGA